AUGCUGUUAUUCUGGUUCAUGGGACUAGGGAUUUUAGUGUUCUCAUCUCUCAUCUACUAUGUAGAUGACCGGGAACAGUUCAAAAGUAUUCCGAGUGGAUUUUGGUGGGCGCUGAUCACCAUGACGACUGUUGGUUAUGGUGAUAUGUAUCCCACUACGACACUAGGAAAGGUCGUUGGUUCGUGUACUGCAAUGGCUGGAGUUCUGAUGAUUGGUUUUACGGUACCGGCUCUUGUAAAUAAUUUCAUGCUCUACUAUAGACAUGUGCAGUUUGCAAUGAAUACUGAAGACACGGAUAAAUUAAGCGAGGAAGGAAAAACAACAAACACCGUUGUUGACAAAGAAAGAAAUGGCGAUAUCGUAAAUGGGAAAUCUGAGAAACAAAAUCAUGACGAGUCGUAUUUGUAGUUAGCACAGAAAUACAUUUUUACAAAACUUAAGAACGGAAAGAAUCCUGAUGUCUAAUUGUUUACACCUAUGAUUUCAGGAGCAAAGAAAAUUUUUAUUGCGUCUAGAUUAAUUUAAUCAAGGCUGUAGACUCCUGGUGACAAUCGACAAAUUACACAUUCUGGACAAAUUACACAUUCUCCGUCUGCGGUUUCGGCUUUCUUCGGAAUUUUACGGAAACCUGUUUGCUAGCUGAGUUACGUUUACGACCGAAAAAUACUGAACUGUCUCACUUGAUCGUAAUCGGACGGAGAUUGCCGAGUGUCGUUACGGGUCCGCUACCUUAAAAAGGAAAACAAAUCUCCGCUUCAUUACAACAUUCGUUUUCAUUUUAAAGUAUUUGCACACGUUUAUACUGUUUUCUGUAAGGGUCAGUGCGUAUUUCCUAUAUAAUCGCGAACUGCGAAGGUUCGAUUGCAAAGCGCGAAGUUUUUACUAUUGUAGCAUCCCGCUUCGCUUUAAACAAGAAUCACACACUGGCCCAAAUGGGAAGCUGUAAUUUUAGGCUUAUGUUGGAAUAUACAUGUAUAUAAGAUUGGAAUAAACAUGUAUAUAAGUUUGGAAUAUAUAUACAUGUAUAUAAGA